AUGUCCAAAACCAACGGAAUCGCCGAUUCCAAUGGCCAUGCAGUAGUGCAACCCUCGUCGUCGUCACCGGAUAUUUUCAAUGCCAGCUCGGUCUCAGAAAUCAAAGCAACGCUCCUACACUUGCACGACCAGGAAGCCGCCGUGACCGCCCGCCUCGAUGCCCUAGUCGCCUCGCAGAAGGACUUUUCACGAGAACUCGGACGCCUCGAUUUCCUGCGCGCGCACCUCGGCUCCCAAGCGAGCACCACGCGAAAUAUCAGCAAUGGCAUGCUCUCUGGAGCUGCAGCGACUGCCGGUCGUCUCUCGAGUGCUGUCCGGCGCCUAGACCUGGAGCAGGUUCGAGUCAAAGCUACAUUGGAGGUGGUGGAACAAGUCUCUGAGCUAAAAGCAUGCGUGCUAGGCGUGACCGGGUCCAUGGAGGGCCCGCAGGACUGGGAGACUGCCGCCAGCUAUCUGAACCGCGCGUCCAAGAUCCCACCCGAGGUGGUCAAUGGCGCAUUUGCUGCGCGGAUUGUCCCAACGGCUGAGGUACCUGACCCGCCGAAUGUGACGUUGAAGAAUGCCUCCGAGUCUCUAUGUGGGCUGUUCUUGCGGGAGUUCGACAAGGCAGUCAAAGAAAACAAUGGUGCGAAGAUUACGCGGUUCUUUAAAUUGUUCCCCCUUAUUGGCAGGUCAGAGGUCGGGCUGGAUGUGUAUGGACGAUAUGUGUGUCAAGGAGUGGCGUCGAGGGCAAGGUCGAAUCUCAGUACCGGGGCUGGGAGUGCACAAGGGAAGGAUGGAUAUUUCUAUGCCAACGCGCUUACAAAGCUGUUUGAGCAUAUUGCUCAGAUUGUGGAUGGCCACGGAGGACUGGUCGAACGGCACUAUGGUUUGGGGAAAAUGACGCGGGUUAUUGAGAGAUUACAGGUUGAGGCUGAUGUGCAGGGAGGGAUCAUUAUUGACACAUGGGGGGAUGAGAAGAACGUCGACCGCAAGUUGACGGAUAUCAAGUCGUAUGCUUUUACAUUCUUAGUACAGAGCUUUCUACCAGCACAACGGUCGACGGGAACACCUCGUACGGGAUCCCCAGCCAACAGAGACGGCGGUCAGGCUGCAGCGAGUGAGGACGAAGGAGUCGAUAUGAAAGAAGUGGAUAGUAUUCUCAACGAACUUGCUGUUAUGCUUGGCAGAUGGUCUCUUUACAGCCGAUUUCUGGCUGACAAUUGCAGGGUGAAGGACGAAAAUACCGAUAUUUCCCUGACGCUUCCCGACUUCUUAGUGGGAUCGUCUCUGGCUAAGAAGAUUCGAGAGCGCUUGAUCACACCAUUCAAUGCGAUGACGACCUUUUUCUUCCGUCGCUCAGUGGAGAAAGCGUUCCAACUAGACGAGCAGCCUUCCGGGCUGACAUUAAAUCCACACAAAGCGCUCAGUUCUGAGCCUCCUCAUAUCACGUCUGCCGUCGACGACAUUAUGUAUAUUGUCAACAAAGUCCUCCGGCAGUCUAUUGCAACCUCGCAAAAGCAAGUUGUGAUUAAUGUUGUCCCAACAUUAUCACGUAUAUUGGGAGCCGAUUUUAUUGGUAUGGUGCAACGGAAAAUGCGAGACGAAUAUUACCCCAAGCCGCCUGUACAGGGAGCGCAACCGCCGGAGCAGACUGUGAUCGCCUUUCUUGUGCUAAUCAACAACCUGGACGUUGCUGUCGACUACAUUCGAAGGAUUGUGUCUGGCCAUGUUGACAGCAAGCAGAACCCCGGUGACUCCACCAGUGGUAAUGGGGCGGAUGAAGCGCCUGGGGGAUUGGAGUCAUUAUUUCCUCUCUCCGACGAUGCUGCUGUCGUUACCCAGGCCCUCCAAUCCCUCUCAACCAGUUUCGAGUCCAAGGCCAAUGACUUGCUUUCGGACGGAAUUCAAGUUGUAUUCAACAACGUGGUGAAAAACCGUCUACGACCGAUUCUCGCCGACUCGUUCCGGGACAUUGAAUAUCAACCGCAAAGCGCAGACGACCCAACGAGCACGUAUCAGAGCUACGAUCAUGAAGACGACGAAGACGACGAAGCCAGCCGCGCAGAACUAGUGCGACCUCGCUUUGCAACGGCCUGGGCGGAGCUACUACUGCCAAUCUCGCGGAUCCUCACCCCAGCGGCGUUUAACCGCCUACUAACAGCGACGGUUGCAUACCUGGCGCGGCUAUUGGAGAAGAGACUGUGGUCUUAUCAUGGGCGCGUCAACCCACUUGGUGCCACGCGACUGGAGCGAGACAUUGCAGGGAUUGUCAACGCGGUUAUCGAGGUUGGCGGCACGCAGGGUGCGCCGAUCCGGUAUCGUCACCGGGACGCUUUUGCACGCUGCGUGCAGAUGACUAUGGUGAUGGCGAUGGAUGACGACGAAUGGGAGGAUGUGGUCCGGGGGGGAGAGGCGGCAGAGGUGGUCGACAAGCUGCAGGUUGACGAGCGGUCGCGGGCGCGCGCGAUGGUGCGGUAG